GUUUGUAAAGCCCUCUUUAUAAUGGGCCGCAAUCUUGGAGGCUCGACAGAGAGCGUGAGAGAUGGGCGACAAGGGCGACACGGAUGACUGGGUGGAGGGCGGAUUGGAUGAUGGUGAAGAUAAUAGCGGCGAAGAUAAUUGCGGCAACAACACCAACAACAUCAAGAACAACAACAACAACAACAAUAUCAAUAACUUCGGCAUCAACGACACCAACAAGGACAACAACAAUAACAACACCAACAACAACGAUGGUGGCAGUGAUGACCACGACAACGACGGGGCAAAUAACAACAACAACAACAACAACACCGGCUGUGACGACCACGGCAGCGGCAGGGUGGAGAGCGAUAUCCGCGCAUCUGAGUUUAUCAUCAGCGGGAUGGGUGAGAUGCUGCAAGCGGCCGUGGGGGGGACUGGGGUUGUCCUCGGCAGCAGCAGGGUUGAGAGCGGUGCAUCUCUGAUCAUCAUCAGCAUGAUGGGAGAGAUUCCGCAAGAGGACGCGGUGGGGAUUGGGGAUGACCACAACAACAACAACGACGAAGGUAGCAACAACGAUGACGGCGGCAGCGAUUACCAAGGCAGCAGCGGGGCAGAGAGCAUCAGCAGGAAGGGAGAGAGGUUGCAUGCUGACGUGGUGGGGAUGGGGGUUGACACGGAUAAGAAGCUUACCAUCUUCCCCCCCUUCCCCCCCUUUCAACCUCGUUGUCUGGUCGAGGAUACGAGUAGGAUAAUCGAUGCUGAUUGGUGUUGCCCGGCCCUCAAUAUCAAGCAACAAUGGGGUGCUGAUUGCCCCAUCGAAGGGAGGUGGGUUGCUUAGGGAGUAGUUUGCAGGUGGUCAAUCCUUCCCUUGCGCAAGGAAGUAAUCAAUACCCCUGCUCUCCUUCGGACAAUAGGUAUAGGGACAAUUUUACAUGAUUUUGCAAAAUGGAAGCUGGAGUCGCAGUUCAGAUCACACAGAGUACAUCAUUGAUAGAGUCUUGUGUUUACGGUUGAUUGCUAAAGAUCACACAUAUCACCUUUUUGUUAGGGUUACGGGUGUUUUGCAUAAGCUGGGGUUGACGUCCACAACAUACAUUUACAUAAUUGAUAGUGAUUAGUGCUUAAGUCUUGAUUGAUAAAGAUCAUACACAUCA